AUGCUUCUGAAGGUUGAUGAAGGCAUGCCAAAUCUCAUAGUCAGUUUGGUCUCGAAUGGAAAUCAGCUUUCCGACAAGACUGAACGUGACGUCGAAGUUCUACACAUGAUGGUAAAUACGAUGGCUGUAACAGCGAGAGAAGAAGGGCGACUCAUGGUUGAUGCGUCUCUGAACACCUUGCUGCUCCUGUCCAGAAAUCUUGAACCUGGUGAAGAGGCUGCAUUUAGAGCCCAUGCCGUUGUAAGGCUCGCUCAUCCGCCUCCUGCGUUGCUCAUCGGUGUGCCAUCAGAAAACAUCUCCGGUGCUUCGCUAUCCGGAGGAGCACCUCCGAUCCUGCUUUCUCCGUCCAACGACAAACGACCGUUACCGGUCGUAAUCUUUGCAGGAGCCUCAUUAAUGUCCUUAGGAGAGCUGCUCGUCUACGUUGAGAACGGCAUUCCAAUAAUUGUACUACAGGAUAGCUGUGAGCUCUGUGUCGUCCUGCACAGCGCUUACCUGCUUUAUCGAUCGGCGCAGUUUGAACAUUCCAAGUUUGUUACGUGGCUUGAAGAACAGUUCGAUUCGAUAUCGAUCGGUAAUGUGAACACUGCCACGAAUACUGUAGUACGGAUAUUUGCCACAGCAUUUGGUGACACUCAACUCAUUGAGUUCUUGGACUCCGAUGAGUUGCCAUCACUACCGUCACGAAUCAUCGAACUGUGCCUGCAAUGCCACAGUGGAAUGACGGAAGCCCGUCAACUGCUCCAGUUGGCCGCUCACAUCAAUGAACCAUCAAUACUGAACGGUAUGGAUAUCGAAGAACUGCUUGACGAUGAGAUGAUGACAACAAUCCUCUGCGAAACGGUGGCUGUUGCGGAUCGUGUCGCUUUCUUGGCAGCAGUCCUUGAACGUAAACCGCAUAUUUCCAUUAAUUCGGAGAUGCUGCUGAAAAUGGCUCGAAGUUCAUCGGAUCAACACUUUUUCACAACGGUGGUGCUCUGUCAGUGUAUGGGUUAUUCGUCAUUUCCAGAAGAAAUUGAUGAUAAAUUCGUGCGUGAUCUCAAUCGCUUGCUAGUAGGUUACCGU